UUUCUUUUUACUCAAAUAUAAUGCAAACACACUGGAUUUUUUCGGCUUACGUCCUCAGAUCACUUUGGGUCCUAUAGAUAUAUUAAUAUUUUUUCUAGUUAUGUAUUUCUCUUUUUCCAAUCAUUUAAUCAAUUUGACUCUGAUUGAAAUUUACAGAUUUACCUCUUCUUAACGCGCCCGUUAUAAAGAUUUUAAAAAUGAUAAGAACAGAACAAGCCACAAACUUUAAUCAUCGGAACGACAGCAUAUGAAUGUUUUUCAGUUAUGGAAUAGCAAUGAGACGACCGUCCAACGAGGAUUACAUAUGGACUGUUUACACGAAGCAAUUCGAGCGAGGCGUCUGGGGGAUGAUCGUGACCGUAGCUCUGGUUUCGGGUGCGGCGUUGUAUGUUGUCUCUCGGUGGUCCAAGAACGAACGCGAAGUCCAUCUCUCGGAAUCGUUUUUCACCGUCGUCGGCUUUCUGUUUGGCCAAGGUACAACUCUAGGGUUUCAGACAGUAGCGGGGAGAACAGUGAUGUUGACAGCCCUGUUGCUACAAGCAAUUUCUCUUGCAUACUACACCAGCAACAUGGUCUCAGCUCUCACCGUCGGCCCUUCGCUUCCGGCCCUGAAUGACCUGCGGGAUGUCCACAACGACCCGGCAAUCACAUUCGGCUUCGUCAAGGGCACCGCAAACACGGCCGAUUUCAGGGACUCGAGCAACCCGCUGCUCCAGGAGGUAUGGCGCAACAUAGAGGAGGAAGACCUGAGUCCUACAACGACGGCAGGAAUGGAACGUGUCCGGGAGGAUGAAUAUGCCUUGAUGGUGUGGGAACUCUUCUUCGACAUAAACUACGGACAUGACUGUCGUUUGUUCAUGCUCCCGGCACGUUACUUCUUGACAUACACCUCCUUCGCCUUCCCAAAGGACUCGCCUCUUGUUCCUCUCAUGAACAAACUGAUCCUCGACAUCGUCUCCUCGGGUCUCCUCAGGAAAUGGUGGAUGGAGAUGAGCUACUCCGCCACCGACUGCAGUGCCCUUGAAGCGGCGCCCAUCGAGCUGAAGACGGUGCUCACGCCCUUCCUCUUGCUCGGCCUCAUUGCCCUUUUUUCGCUGGGGAUUCUGGCCGCAGAACGUUCUCUCUGCCGGGUAAGGACUUCUGCCCCGCAAAGGAAAUACAGCAGGGUCCCGAAGGAAUAGGUGUAAACAAUAAAGUUAGGAAAGAAUGGAACUGAAAGAGAGUGGCUGGGCUGCACCCCCCCCCCUCCCCUUUUGUAUGUUUUAACACGGCUAAUUGUCCGAUUGACUCUUAAGAAUAAAACUUAAUUUGAAAAAAUACUCUGUUAACAUAGUUUUUGUCACUGUUCGCAUCCAGUCAGUUUUUUUAUUGCUAAAUGUUCAGAGAUUAUAAGUUGUAUACUUCAUUUCUGUACGUUUGUGAAGUACAUACCUUCAAAAUACAGGAUAUUAAAAAAGAAUGUAACUACAUUUUUAGUAAUGAUUUGAUAAAUCACGGCAUUCGACAGCUAUGAUCUACACCAUCAUAAAUCAGCAAUGUUAUAGUAGUUUUAUACCAAACAUUAUUUCAUGCAAUGAUAAUGUAGACAAAAAAGAAACGUGAUCAAAACUUUUUUAACUAUGCAUGACUGUCUUUUCAUAGGUAACAAUAUGAAUAUUUGCUGCGGAUCUAAUGGGCCACAUCUGUAUUCUUCGUC